GUCAGGGAAGCUGCGUGCCUCAGUGCCAUCUUUUUGCCUACUGUCUCCGACAAUCUUGAAAGAAAGGCAAGACGUUUACCCAGUUAUUCACCUAGCAAUGUGUAGUUCUCCACACAAAGACAUUACUUUCCUAACAAGCCAGUCCCAGGCACCACCGAUCAAGGACGUUUUCUAAUAUUAUCUUACCAAAUGACGUAUUCGCCAGAUCUCUCUAGCAAGCUGUUUGACACGCAGGUUGUAACAUCUUAUGUUUGAUUUCGGAACUGCCAGCGGCUGUUACGCAUUCAUCGCAGUGAAGUUGGUGUAGUCAUAUCAUGAUAUCAUGACCGUACGCCGACUGAUGACGUGAAAUUUACCGCGCUUUGUCGGCGUUUGAAAACCAUAGGAAACAGGGCGCACAUGUCCCGACACUUCCCGCCAAUCGAUCACUUCGCCGUCACUUUCGUUUGCACGUUUGGCGGUUUCUAGCUGUUUUGGCGCUCACAUAUCAAGGCAGACAAAGCACAACUGACACAACGACCACGACCACGAGACCACGACAUGAAGAACAAAUACCGGUCAUAUAAAAAUAUAAAACACAAAAAAGACCGAGGUCUUGUAACCUUGUGACCCAAGGAGGUUAGUUUGAAAUGUUUUAUUACGUAAGAAGAAAAUGAGUAGUCUAAAACCACAAAUCAUCAUCUUUUUGUGGGCAUAUCAAAGUUAAGUUUGAUUCCUUUAUAUUAUAAGCGACUAGAUAGUCGCUUAAAAUUAGCGGACGAUAGCAACAACGCAACAACCCUGAUCAUCCAUGUGCUUCGUCGAAGAUGGCCGCCAAAAUACUAGUGCCGAAACGGGUCGGCGCCGUUACAAAGUUCCUGGGCGCUCAGUACCACACCAAGAGAAUCAACGCGGACCUAGAAGCUGAGUACGAGUACACAGAUGUGCCCCAAUACCCCCCGAUCCACGACACAACUUACGAAGGCACCAAACUGCGGAGACGCCGUCAGUGGUACGACCACAUCCGAAAUCUUCCGACCGUUGACCAGAAACUCAACGAGAUCGCCUUCGUCGCCAAGCCGGAGGUGGAGCAGGAAUACCGGGACAUGGUCGAAAAGGGGAGGCAAUUCUUCACGUACAUCGCGACACCAAACUCCACGUACUACAACAGCCUGCCCGCUUUCCAGUACGCUACAAGGACGCACUUGAUCGACGGGCUGCCAGAGCGCUUCGCAAAACUGGACGUUGACGACGCUUACGCUCGAAUUAAGCCGUACCUUGUCGAAGCUAUAACUUCCGAAUUGGAAAUAGACAGGACAUCUUGGCUGCCCGAGCACAAGGACGGCGAGGCCAUCAGACAGAACUGCAUCAUCACCCAGGUUCUUUCCGUCCUGUUCAAGGGACUCGGCAAUGAAGUUCCCCACCUCGAAACCUCACAGGUGGACCUGUCGCCACGCUGCGACUCCUUCUGGUGGCACGGCCGUUACUACCCGGACAUGAGGGGGCGGAACAAGGGCAAGGAGUUUGUGACGAUACCAUUCCAGUACCAAGGCAAGCCCGAUGCACAGAUCAGGGUGGUGGAACCGCUGCCUCCCGUUGUUGACAUGGACGACCCGUUGGUGCAAUCGAGAGAAGUGACCGACUUUCCUUUCCAUCCUUGCAAUUUCGGAUGGGUACACAAGAACAAAAUCCUGACCAGUCUGCCUGGUACCUGGCCCCUGCAUGGAUGCAGUUUCCCACUGGUCAGCUUUCAUCAGCGAGCCAGCCUCAUCAACGACAAAAGUCCGUUCAAGACUGCAGAAGAGGUUAACGAUGCGGUGAAUGCGUCGGCCAUCAUAGCAGGCUUCGGUUGGCUCAACGGCGUUGCCAGCCAACUCGGAUUCAGCCCUUUCCACGACCCGACCUACCCGCUGGUCAGCCAGGUCGUGAGCACGGACGGGCAGCACUGGACCUUUGCAGUCUACCAGCUGAACACCGUGUCACUCCACCCCGACUUCUACGAAGACAACACGGCCCGCAACCUGUGCUGGUCGUCGGGCAACCUUCGCCUCUUCGAGGUGUUCGAAAACGGCGAGCUGAAGGGCCUGGACGACGAGGUACUGAAGACACUGCUGAGGUUUGUGCUUCAGCGGCCGAAGGCUCCCGAGGGACUCGAGCUGAGGCCGUACCUGGGGGAGGACAUGCGCAGCGAGGAGGAGAGGAAAGCAAAGAUGCAGGAGUGGAUGAAGAUCUACGACUGCAGGUUCAUCUUGCGGGAAGCCCUCCAGAGGGAAGUCCCACUCUGGGUCAAGAUCUACAAGAGGCACCCCGAUGCUCCCUAUUCGAUCUGCAAGCUGAAGUAGUGUUUCAUCAGAGGACGGGUCAGGGAAAUAAAGGAGCAGGAUUAGUUGUGUCUAAAAA